AUGCCGCUCUGUCUCACCUUCAUCGACUUGAAAAAGGCCUUCGACUCAGUUGAGACGGAAGCGGUCGUGGAAGCCUUGGACAACCAAGGCGUCCCUACUCAAUACAUAAAGGUACUUCGAGAGUUGUACACCACCCUCGAGAACGCAAUGCGAAAGUUGGAAUGGGACGACAUGGGAGUGAAGGUUGAUGGUCGGCAGCUACACCAUUUGCGCUUUGCUGAUGACAUCGUACUGGUAACACCUAGCAUCAGCCAAGCGGAACGAAUGCUGACCGAAUUUGAUAAAAUAUGUGGAUGCAUCGGUCUUCAGCUGAAUCUACAAAAGACGAUGUUCAUGCGGAACGGAUGGGUCUCGGGUGCCCCAUUCACGCUCAACGGAACGAACAUAUCCGAAUGCACUAGCUACGUUUAUCUGGAUCGGGAACUAAACAUGAUGAACGACCUGACCCCCGAGCUGAGCAGGAGGAGACGAGCGGCUUGGGGAGCGUAUAAGAGCAUCGAGGAUGUAGUGAGGAAGACCAGGAACAACCUGCUCAGCUCUUCAACACUACCGUACUUCCUGCUUUGA